CAGUGUAUUUAAGUUAGUUUUGGCACUUUGUAGUUUAUUGUCCAUAAAGAGAAUUUGUGUGGCUGCCGCACAUUUUCAAGGCAGGUAAAAAGUUUGCGUCUAUUUACACCACGUUCAUUUUUAUACAUGCUGACAUGUGCAUAAAAUAUGGCACCUCAUAUUUUUCAUGCGUACACACACUUCACACAACUGGACUGACUAGACCUGAAUUGAUCUAAACAUUUUUGAACCUAUGUUAUUCCAAUUUCUUUUUGACUUUGAGGUAGCUCAGUCUGAGCUGUGGAGUACUGCAGGAAUCCAUACUUGUCCCCUUUACAUUUAAAUAAAAACAAUACGCUGAUUACACAUAAACCUUCUCUCACUGACUGCCUCUUGAGACAGCACUGAAACCUAACCUUUUCUCCAACAUCUCUCUGUGAUUGAAGAUGUCUCUUCCCGCUGUUCCCACCAUGAUGGACGUCACAGGUCAGUUUGAUGUGGAAUUCCGCAUCACAGUGGCAUGUCGCAAUGGCAGCAUCUACAUCCUACGCAGGGAAUCAGAGAAACCAAAGUACUGCAUCGAGUUGUCGUCUCAUCCUGUUGGGCUGGUGAGAGUUGGGAAAAAUAUGGUUGUAGGAUGCACUGAUGAGAGUCUACAGGGCUUCACACAGAAGGGUAAGAAGUUGUGGAAGAUCAUCUUGCCGGCUCCUGUCACUACAAUGGCUGCCAUGGACCUCCCCACCAGGGGCCUUCAGGCUGUCCUGGUGGGCCUGGCAAACUGUCAGGUUCAGCUGUACAGGGAUAAGAACCUGCUUAGUACCAUCAAAACCCCUGACACAGUCACCAGCAUCUGCUUUGGUCGGUACGGCCGUGAGGAUGGGACCCUUAUAAUGACCACAAAGGGAGGCGGCCUCAUGGUGAAGAUCCUGAAGAGGACGGCGAUGUUCGAUGACAUGGACAGCACUCCUGGCCCACCAUUGGCUCAGAGUGUUCGCCUCAAUGUCCCUAAGAAAACCAAGCUGUAUGUGGACCAGACACUGCGGGAGCGGGAGAAUGGCCUGGCAAUGCACCGAGCCUUCCACAUGGACCUGAGCCGCAUGAGGCUGGCUGCUGCUCGAGCCUAUGUCAAAGCUCUGGAGUCCAGUCUGACCCCUAUGUCCUCCAGCCUCUCAGAGCCCCUGAAGAUGAACGCCGUGGUCCAGGGCCUUGGCCCAUCCUUUAAACUGACCCUGAAUGUCCAGAAUACAGCGUCCUGUCGGCCCAUCAUGAACCUGGCCAUCAACUUCCUUUACGACGACAACCUGUACCGGAUCAGGAACCCAUACAUGAAGAUCCCACUCCUGGUGCCGGGACUUAUUUACCCUGUUGAGACCUUUGUGGAGUGUACCAGCGACAAGGGCAUUUCUGACAUCAUCAAGGUGUUUGUAUUGCAUGAAGAGAAGAGCUCCCCUCUGCUGACGGCUCACAUCAACAUGCCGGUCAGCGAGGGUCUGGUGCUCAGCUAAAGCCCAGUCUUCCUGUUGACUGAUAAAUAAGCUGCAAUAGAGAAUGUGGAAAGGAACCCUUCAGUUAAAGAACUGGUCAACAGUGAUAGCUUUGAGCAGAAGUCUGUUCAGCCCAGAGCUAGCGAAUGUGUCCGCUGGUUAGACCGCUGUUUUCCAGCUGUUAGCAAUGAUCUAUGAGCUGUAAACCAAACAAUAUGAAUCAAACGCCUCCAAACUGGUAGUACCAUUAAUAUUGAAAUAUUAUAAUGCUAAGAGAAAACUCCAGGUCCCAACCUGAUGAAGUGUCCUUCAAAACUGUUGGAACAAUAUCUGCCUGGAGGAAUCAGGCCCGAGUGGCUUUAACACUAACAGAUGAACUAACAGCACUAUCAGAUUGUACAGGACAGUGGAGUGCUUCAUCCAUUUACUGAUUCAAACACAGAUCUAACCCAAAGUAAAAAGUGUCGGUAUAUAAAAUUAUUACAUGUUUUCUCUUUAGAUAUGCUGUACUAAAUUGUAGCUGUGUCAGAAUAAAAAUAAAAGUACAACUUGUGCACAGUAACA